GCCCCCAAAUGCCUUUGGUCCGAAUCCGACCUGACCAGUCUCUCGGUAGAGCCCAGCUGCACUCGGUUCUCUGAGCUGCUACUCGACCGAGUCCUCGCUGUGCUGCUGACACGACUGCCCAGUCCCAUCCACUUGCCCGGCGCCUUUGCGUUGCCGUUGUACCAUAAACUCGAUUCGGUCAAAUUGGUUAUGCUCGGACGAAUGCGUCGAGCUUGUCCCCUUGACUACCGAUGGAAGCAGCAGCAGCAGCAAAUAAUGAUGCCGAUGAGAACCACAAAGCAAACUCUGUCCGCUACUGCAUCAUCUUCCAUGAACGAGGACCUUGUCGACCUUCUGCAGGUGAACAUGUGUCUAAGCUUUAGAGCACCAGGCGUUCAGAUGUCCGGACAACUGAGGCACGAACCACAUGGUCAGGCCAAUAAUGAGCAGAUCGGACUCAACAUGACAUUGCAUCCAGUUCAGGUUAGUGCCGAAUUGGAGGUGGGCGUUCAACCAAAUGGAAGACCUUCAUUUAAGAUCCAACAUGUUCAGUUGGAUGACUUCCAAAUAGAGCAGCUAGAUUUCUUCAGCCUUGACACUCAAUCGGUUGAAGGUCUGGACAACGACGUAGGCUCUAAAGAGGCACACGCAGAAGAGGAAAACGUAACCAAUCCUUCAUUGGCUUGGAUGCUCAAAUGGUUAGUCAAUGGACCCCUAAAAAGGACUUUUCUGGAGGAGCUAAACGGGAGUGCUAAAGCCCUAAUCAGGCAGAUGCAAGCAGCCGGGAUCGAAAGCCCAAAAUAG